GGCGGGGGCAGCGCGACCCGAAGGCUCGGCGGCUUCGGUCGUAGUAGCAGCAGGCGGCGGCGGGCGGCGGCGGCGGUGGUUGGGCGGCCGCCGGGCGAGCAGGAAGGAAGGGGCGCCAUGGAGCUGCAGCGGACGGUGAGGAGAACCCUCGACCCCCCUUUCCCCUCAACUCCCCCCUUUCGCGCCCUUUCCCUCAGCAAGGUCGUUACCUCAGCUUUUCCCCGCGGACGUCUCUUAGGAGCAUUACGGUAGCAGCUCCCCCUCACCGCAGGUCUGUUUCAGGCUGCCCCUUUAGGGCUGGAUUACGGUAAAUCCCCCCCUCCCGCGUCUCUCUUCGGGGCAUUACGGUAGCGCCCCCUUUUCUGGUGCGCUCAUCGCUAGGCAUUACGGUAACCCCCCCCUUUUUUUUCUGCCCCACUGAAUUUAUCAGUGCUUGCAACUGGGGGCUUUUCUCUCCUUUAUGCGCCUCCGACCCUCCCCCAGCUGCAAGCGUGGCAGGAGUGCCCCUUUGCCAUGCACAUUACGGUACUUUCUGCCCCCCCCCCAUUCCAGUGUGGGGCUGGGAGUGGGGAGGGGGCAGCCGUGUUUCUUUCCUGCAGGGGGGAGACUCUCUCCAGAGCUCAUUGGUUUGGGGCUGAGGAGAACAGAGAACAAUAGUGAUAGUAAAACAGUAAAUACGUAAAAAAAACAACAACCAGUAAAAUAGUAAAUAAGUAAAAAAAUAACAAUAGUAAAAAAGGAGUGGGGCUCUUAGGUGCCCCCCCCCCCGAUCCUGGUGCUCACUAGAUCCCUGUUGAGGCUCAGAUCCUGGCCCCCCUUCGUAAUAUAUUUGAUGAAUUAUUGUAUUUUAAUAUUUUGCUGCAAGCUGCCCAGCGUGGCUGGGGAAACCCAGCCAGAUGGGUCUGGUGUAAAGAAUAUUUAAUAAUAUAAAUGAUAAUAAAAAUAAUAAUAAUAGCAGAGCCUCUCUUUUGCUGGAAGCUGCCCAGAGUGGCUGGGGAAACAUUGGCAGAAAUGUGGUGGCCCAUUCUGUGUGCGGCGCAUGAAAACCAUGUGUUUUUGCAGCACGUUCCUUUUCCUCCCCCCGUAUGGAAUUUGCUUGCAAAUGACUUCGCGGAUGUUGUGAAAUUACUUUUUCCCAAGCAGGCUCUUCGUUCCACACUGUUCUCCCUCCGUGCUGUUUAUUGCCGCUCAGAUCUUUGCGCCCGUUCAAAGCUUCUUGAGCAACUCAUUCCCAAAAACGUGCGCUACACAUCAGCUGUUUUCCCAAAGUGGGUGGUGGCGCCACUUGGGACAGUGGGAUUUUCCUUGGGGAGCUCUAAGAGGAGAGGGGGUGGCAGGAGGAGGUGUGUGUGCAAGAAGUGCAAAUGACUUUGAAAAGCUGGUAUCCCCGAAUCAGGUCCAUCAAUUUUGUUGAAUGAAAUAGUUUGAACUGGAUUUUGAAUGAACGUGCAAUUAUUUCUUCCUGUUUUGAAUUCUGCUGUAUUAUUCUCUUAGCACCAACCAUUCUGAACAAUGCUUGUUUGGUUGUAAGUCGCUUUGGGUUGCCCUGGGCAAAAUAAAGCAACGAACACGUUUAGUAAAUGAUAAUAAUUAUAGAGUGAGCAUCUAAUGUUUAUUGGAUGGAUUUCCCCCCUAAACUGAUUUUUGAAUUCUGAAUUUAUUGCUAUUCACGUUUUAUACUGUAUUUUAUUCUGUUUUUUGUUGCAUCAAUGAAGUGUUUUAAAUUUAUUGCAAGCCGCCCUGAGCCUGGUUUUCUGAACCCCAAAGAGCGGGUUAUAAAUAAAAAAAUAUUAUUAUUAUAGUGGGGGAGGGCAGUGGGGGUGAGUUAAUGGAACCCAAGGGUGGUCUGAAAAAGUUUGGCAACCGCUGCUAGAUCCUUUCAGCUGUCCGUCCAGUCCAGAGGGCCGGCCGGCUGUCAGCUGUGCUUUCUUCCAGCCUUGAGAUGUUCCCAGCGUGAGGAAGAGUCAAGACCCCUCUUGUCCCUGCGCUGGUUUCCUGCCUGCAAGGACAAACUGUGGGCGUGAGGCUGGAGGCAGAAAGGGCUACCCAGAGAGCUUGCAAUCUUGGUCCUGACCUGGUUUUUUCCAGCACAUCGGAAAAGAAGUGCAGCAGGAAGAUUCUCUGGGGACAAAUGCCCCCCACCCAGUAUCUGUGGAGUGGGGCCUCCAAAGGGCAGGGUUGCCAGGAUCUUCCCAGGACGUGGCUGGCAUGUGCUGAGGUUGGCUCAUAGAAUUGCAGAGUUGGAAGGGACCCCGGGGGUCAUCUAGAAUGCAGGAAUCUUAACUGAGAAAUAAGCACACCAAGAACUGUGGCCAAUGUAAGUUUCAGUAUUGGGAGUGGGCCCUACUCACAAGUCAAUAGUAACAAAAACUAAUCCAUUCAAAAGUAUGUAUUCUGACAACAAUUACAAACUCAAGUUGUUGUUUAGUUGUUUAGUCUUGUCCGACUCUUCCUGACCCCCUGGACCAGAGCAAGCCAGGCACUCCUGUCUUCCACUGUCUCCCGCAGUUGGUCAAACUCAUGCUGGUAGCUUCCAGAACACUGUCCCACCAUCUCGUCCUCUGUCUUCCCCUUCUCCUUGUGCCCUCCAUCUUUCCCAACAUCAGCGUCUUUUCCAGGGAGUCUUCUCUUCUCAUGAGGUGGCCAAAGUAUUGGAGCCUCAGCUUCAGGAUCUGUCCUUCCAGGGAGCACUCAGGGCUGAUUUCCUUCACAAUGGAGAGGUUUGAUCUUCUCGCAGUCCAUGGGACUCUCAAGAGUCUCCUCCAGCACCAGAAUUCAAAAGCAUCCAUUCUUCGGCGAUCAGCCUUCUUGAUGGUCCAGCUCUCACUUCCAUACAUCACUACUGGGAAAACCAGAGCUUGAACUAUACGGACCUUUGUUGGCAAGGUGAUGUCUCUGCUUUUUAGGAUGCUGUCUUCCUUGUCAUGGCGAAGGGGCUUGAAUAACUCAGAGAAGCUAUGAGCUCUGCCGUGCAGGGCCACCCAAGAUGGACAGGUCAUAGUGGAGAGUUUUGACCAAACGUGAUCCAGCUGGAGCAGGAACCGGCAAGCCACUCCAGUAUGCCUGCCAAGAAAACUCCAUGGACAAAGACAUCAGGCAUAUAAAAGUUGACUCAUAGAAUCAUAGAACAGUAGAGCUGGAAGGGACCUGGGGGUCAUCUAGUCCAGCCCCGUGGAAUGCAGGAAUCUUAACUGAGAAAUAAGCACACCAAGAACUCAGGCCAAGGUAAUUUCAGUAGUGGGAGUGGUCCCUACUCACAAGUCAAUAGUCAAUAAUAACAAAAACUAAUCCAUUCAAAAGUAUGUAUUCUGAAUUACAAACUCAAGUAGAGAUUACAAACUCUUAACUCAUAAAGAUAUUUAUAACAUAAUAAUUCGUUACAAAGAUUGUCUCUUUUUCACUCGACAAUAAAUGUUGAUCCUUAUUCCAGGUGUGGUCUGACCAAGGCAGAAGAGAGUGGGACUAUGACUUCCCUUGAUCUGGACACUAGACUUCUGUUGAUGCAGCCUAGAACUGCAUUCGCUUUUUUUCCUGCAGUCUCCUUGAGUCAUAGAAUUGGACAGAGUCUUCUGGGUGAUCCAGUUCAUGCUGUAACCCACCCUAUGAUCCUUGGAUGAAGGGCGGCCUAAAAAUGUAGUAAAUAAAAUAAAUAAAUUGUUGGGCACAAUAAUACAAAGCCUUCCAAAUCAGGUUAUUUCACGUUUUACUUAUUUCAUGAAAUUUAUAUACUGCUUGAUUGUAAGAACAAAAUGAAACCACAAAGUGGUUUGCUAUGAAAAGAUAAAACAGUAAAAUUAUUGCUAAGAAAAAUUAACAACCAUAAUUUAAAACUGUCAGAAAGUUAAAAUAACAGUAGACAAAGAACAGGUUGAAACUCUCACCAAUUUUCUAAACAUCUGGCUAGGCAUUUCUAAACAAGAAUGUUUUUGGCAGGUGCCAAAAUGAGUACAAUGAAGGGCACCAGGCUGGUAUCAAGUGGCAAGGAGUUCCAAAGUGUGUCUUACCAGUACAGUAUUAAGAAACUGCAUUUUUUUAAAAAACUGUAAAAAUUCCGCUGCAAAUCCUCAGGACUCUUCCUUGCAGAGCUGUUUGUGGCAGAAUAGGAAGGUGGGCAGAACAGGCUCUGAGGUGGGCUUCACUUUGGCCCCCCCCCCCCACCAUUUGGGGGGCUUAGAGAGAGGUCUCCCCUGCAGGGCUGCUUGGCUACUGGUGCUGUGAGCUGCCCUCAGCAUCCUCCAUAGCUGUGGUUUCUGCCUGUGCCUUGACUUUGCAGCUUUUAAGAAUGGUGAUUGUAAGUGUUUGUGCUUGAUCCAACUCCUUUCCUCCUCCUGCCCAUUCCUUUUUUCCUUUUGUGUCGUGUCUUUUUCAUUUAUUAUUAAAGAUGGUGAACCUGUGGGCCAUGAUUGUCUCAGAGCUCAUUUUCGUAAGCCACCCCGAGAACCUUUCUGAUGAUGAAAAGCACAUCAAUGCCGCAAAUAAAAUAGCCGAUUGCUGAUGUGAGGAGGCCCAGGUGCCCAGAAUGGCCUGGGGUGGUGGUUCAGGGACCUGGUGCGAGCUUGGAAGGCACCACACAAGCCCCAGCUCUUCCGAAUACUCCUUUGGUGCCUUUAGGCAAGCUUCUCUUCUCUCUGCCUCAGUCUUCCCAAUCUGAGAAAUGGGAGCAAUCCCGUUUGCCUCUCUUUCCAGGGUGCUGCAAGGAUUGCCGGACCCAACCUUUGGACACCUUUUGCACACCAGCGUGCCGGUUGCCAGUCCGUGUAUCGCAGAGGGACCUUUGCUCUGUGUAUUUGCUGCUUAUCAGCUUUCUAAAGGCGCUUCGCAGAUGGUUUGAGAUCUGAUGGGAGAGGAAGGCGGCAGCCUGCAAGCUAGCCUAGCCCUCUCCUUGGCCUGGUCUGUUGUCCUGCAGAUGUUCUCUCUGAUAUAAAGGCCACUGUCCUUGCUAGCUGCCUCCAUCCCGGGGAAUGAGAACAGGAGGCCAAGGUCCUCCCCAUCCCCUCUCUUGUCUCCAUGUCCCCCUGUGCCAGCAAGUUCCUUUCUUUUAAAAUAAAUACAUGUUUUUUUAGUUUUCAAAAGUUCACGCACAUCACCAUCCCCAAUGUUUAAUUUAUCCAUUGACUUCCCAUCGCCCCCUCCAUGACGUUUACCGGUAUCUAUCGAUGCUGCAUAUUUUAACUUGCAAUACUCCACAGAUAUAUCCUAAAUUAUUAGCCUUCAUGUCAUUCUACUGUUGCUGCUAUUUCAAAUCCUGCUCGUGUUUUCAUGCAACAAUAAUAGUUCUUUAGAUGUUGAAUAUGAACACGAAAUUUAUUACGGUCAGAGACCAGCUUGAGAAACGCAAAUGGAACUACAAUCCCAAUAGCAAAACAAACAUUUAAAACAAUAUACAACAAUGGGUUUUAUUUAUUUUUUUCUCAAUUUUUAAAAUUGGUUUUCACAUUUAUCACAUAAAAAAGAAACAAGAAAAAAGAAAAACAUUACAAUACGCAAAAAGAAAAAACACAUAAAAAAGGAUUUUUACUUCCAAAUCCUAAUUUCAUUACAUUGAUAACUGACUUCCUUGAAUCCCCUCUGACUGAAUUUCAUUAUAUGACGUGUUUAGCAGUUCUCCAAAUUCAUAGUUCUAAUAAUAUUAACUUCUUUCAUUUACUGACUUCUUCUUUAUUAAUAUUCUAAUCCUUAAUAUUUAUUAACAACAUAUUCUUAUUCUACCCCUAAGCCUAAUUAUUACUUCCAAGAAAUUUCUUUUUAUCUUAUGUUACAAUAUUUAGCCAAAUAUUCUUUAAAAUUCUUCCAAUCCUCUUGUGUCUCCUCUUCUUUCUGGUUGCGGAUUCUUCCAGUCAGGUUGGCCUACAACAACAAUGGAUUUUAAGUUUAGAAGUGCGAUAGGCAUAUAAACGCAUAAAAGCUUCUUUAGCUAUUCUACAAAAGGUUCCUGGUCCUCAAAGAACGCUUUGCCAUUUCGACCUCUGGUUUUUGCUGUUAGCUUUGCCGGUUCUGCUUAAUCCAUCCUUUCCAUGGCCUGUUCUUCCUUCGUUGAAACCUCCUCCUCGUUCCAUUUUUGAGCGUGCAAUAUUCUUGCUGCUGUCGCUGCAUACAUUAAAAAAAUUAACCAAUGUGCCCACAAGUUUCCAUCCGAGAGUGCAGACUGUUCUUUCGGCUUUGGGGAGCUGGGUUUGACAUUGCUUGCACCCACAUUCACCCUGAAACCUCAGCUGUCCUCACGGCCUAGGACCCUCAUACCUACGGGACCACCUGUCCCAGUAUGCCCCGCAGAGGUCCCUAAAUAGCAACGCCCUAGAGGUCCCGGGCCCUAAGGAAGUCAGAUUAGCCUCAACCAGAGCCAGGGCCUUUUCAGCACUGGCCCCAACCUGGUGGAACACUCUGCCUCAUGAGACCAGGGCCCUGCAGGAUCUGAUUUCUUUCCACAGGGCCUGUAAGACAGAGUUGUUCCGCCUGGCCUUUGGCUUGGAAUCAACUUGAUCCCCUUCCCCUCUUUCCUUUUUCCUUUCUCCUUCUGUGAUGGAACUCCUAUUUGGGGACUUCCCUGGCUUUUUCUGGCCCACGUAGAACCAGUCUGGAUAGUUGGCCUUGGUGAAGACUUGACGUUUUCAUCCCCCAAAAAGUUUUUGAUUUGAGUUUCUACUGAAAUGAGGCUGCAUUUUAACAUUGUAUUUUAAUCUUGUUUUUAAGUUGUAUUUUGAUCAAUUGUUUUUAUACCUGGUGUUGGCCGCCCUGAGCCUGGUCUUGGCUGGGGAGGGCGGGAUAUAAUUAAAACUUAUUAUUAUUAUUAGGGUGGGCCUUCCUUCCCUGGGGCUCUCAGCCAUGCUAAGCCUCUCUCUCCCCUCCGAUUCCUCAGGUCCAGAUCUGCCGCUUUCACCUGCUGCUCUUACGGCACAAGAAGACCCCUUGGCUGAUCUCUGGCCCCCAGUGCAGGCAGCGCUCCGAUUCCCAACCAUCCAGGUAUACCUCCUCCAGAUGUUUAGGAAUCCAGAUGUUGGUAGUCCCAAACACCUGAAGGCCGCCAGGUUGGCCAAAGCCAUCACAGAUUUGUAGAGCUGGCCGGGACCUCCAAGGCCUAUCUAGUCCAACCCCCUGCCAUGCAGGUGCCCCCCAGCGGGUUGGGCUAGAUGAUCGCUGGGGGUCCCUUCCAACUCUGCAGUGCUGUCUAACGUGCUUUGCUUUUCAAUGGAUGGGGAAGGGGAGGUUUCUGUGCGGAAUGAGGGCCAGGUGUUUGGGGGGUGUUGCUGUGGAUCUCUGCUCACACCUCUGCCCCACUACAGCUCUCGUCGACAGAGGGGGCUGCUGAAGAAGGCGUUCCUGGGGCUGUCCGUGGGCCUCCCCCUCGCAGCUGGGAUCCGCUACUGGAUGGCCGAGACGCCGGAACGGCGAAGGAUGAGGCUGCUGGUCGAGGGACUGGGGCGCUUUACCAGGUGGCUGAGGACAUGCCCUUUCCCAGAGAGGGAGGGAUUUUGUUUAAUUAAUUUAUUGACUGCAUUUACAUCCUGCCUUCUUUGCUGCAAAGGAGCUCAAGGUGGCUUUGCUUCAUUCUCCCCUUUCCGUUUUAGCGUCACCACAAUCCUGCAAGGGAGGGAUGUUUGGCUGAGAGUGAGGGGCCCGGAGUUAUUUUUUUCAGGUGAUGCUAAGCUCCCCAUAUAUUUACAGUGGUACCUCUGGUUGUGAACGGGAUCCGUUCCGGAGGCCCGUUCGCAACAUGAAAAGAGCGCAACCUGCAGUGGUGCAUCCGCGCACGCGCAGGUUGCGAUUCGCCGCUUCUGCGCAUGCGCGUGACGUCAUUUUGCGCUUCUGCGCAUGCGCAAGCGGCGAAACCCGGAAGUAACCUUUUCUGUUACUUCUGGGUCGCCACAGGACGUAACCUGAAAGAACGUAACAUGAAGCAAACAUAACAUGAGGUAUGACUAUACCAAAAGCGAAACUCACAAGUCCUGAAUUUUCUCCCUAUUUGGGGGCAAUUGAGGUUCCGGCAGCCGUUAGCAUCCAUGUCAAUAGUUUCUGAGAGCUGAACCCUUUCAGCUGAUUAUCCCGUAAAUUCAGUAAACAGAGCUGCGGCGAAGUUGCAGUGAGAUGUUUGAGUAUUUCGGACGUUUCUCGACAAUCUGUUGCCCAGAAUUUGAAUCCCUGUGGGCAGUCCCACCAUAGCUGAGAAAAGUGCCUAUUUUUCCACAACCCUUUCAACAGUUCUGUGGGCAAGUUGCCAUGUUGUCCCGUUCCAUCCUUAUAGGAUUUUCAUCGAACACACUCUCACGUAAACCAAGGCUGACCUAAGAUGAUUCAGAUGACCAUCGCCCAUCCCAUUUAGAAUCCCAAAUUUGUAUGGACAGAUCUUUCUCGCACUCAAGUUUAAGGCCUAACAGCGGACCAGAAGAAACACCUACUAAUUCUGUCGGGUGCAGAACGGUAACCUGCCUUUUCCUCUCUCGCAAAGGUCCUUGCAGUUGGGAAUCCAGAUCUCCCUGGAUUACUGGUGGACGCACCACAUCUCGUUGCGGGGCCUGGACGAGGUACAGUUCCCUGCUGUUUCUCUCUGAAGCUCUGAGCCAUUCAAAGGAACCCAACCAGCUCUCAACUAGGGCCAGGGCCUUUUCACUACUGGCCCCGACUUGGUGAAACGCUCUGUCCCAAGAGACUAGGGCCCUGUGGGACUUGACAUCUUUCCGCAGGGCCUGCAAGACGGAGCUGUUCUGCCUUUGGUUUGGACUCAGUCUGACCCUUAUGUUUCCCUCCCCUUACAGUUUUGAUCUAUGGGCUACUUUUAAAAUGAGGCUGCAUUUUAAAUUAUAUUUUAACUUGUAUUUUAAAUUGGUGGUUUUUUCCCCUAUUAUGUUUUUACUGUAAUUUUACUGGUGUUAGCCGCCCUGAGCCUGGCUCUGGCCGGGGAGGGCGGGGUAUAAGUAAAUAAUAAUAAUAAUAAUAAUAAUAAUAGACAAACAGCCUUGAGAGGCCCAGAAGGGUCGGGUCUCAGUGGGGCAGGGGGAGCUGGGUUCAUCGCCCUGAGGGUUUCCUUGCUGGAUGCUUAAUGCAGGGGAACGGGGUGGCAAAGGGAGUCCUAGAAUCAGAGAACUGUAGAGUCAGAAGGAACCCAGAGGUCAUCCAGUCCAACCCCCUGCCAUGCAGGAAGAUGCAGCUGUCCCACACGGGGAUCGAACCUGCAACCUUGGCGUUAUCAGAACUCUGACCAACCUCUAUAUCUAACGGUUUGAAUGCCACCUCUGGGCCCAAAAGGAUCUCAAGGUGACUUCCAAGACAUUGGGAGCCCACCAGCUGUGUCCAAAGGGCUUCAGGCGUACCCCCUGCCCCAGCCUCAGGGCCGCCAGUUUCUGACCCCUUUCCCCCUCUUCCCUGUCGUCAGAACAGCCCAGGGUACAAGACCGUCCUCUCGGAAUGCCACCAGCGGGCGGCCGACAGCAUCGUCCGCGGCGCCAUCCGGAACGGGGGCCUCUACAUCAAGCUGGGCCAAGGCCUGUGCGCCUUCAACCACCUGCUGCCCCCGGAGUACAUCAACACCCUGCGCACCUUGGAGGACCGCGCCCUCACCCGCGGCUACAAGGAGGUAAAGCAAGUUUGCUGCCAUUCCUCCCACCGCGGGCUCAAUCAGUUGCUUCGCUUUUUUACAAUUGGUCGGCAAAUGACUCUUUUGAAAUAAAUAAGUGGAAUGAGCAAGCUCUCUAGCGGCCAAGGCUGGCCAAAGCCGGCUUAAGCGUCUUCCUCACGUGUCAUUGUCUGCAGGUGGACGAGCUCUUCCUGGAGGAUUUCAGAGCCAAGGCGGACCAGCUAUUCCUGGAGUUCGACUAUCAGCCAAUCGCCGCUGCAAGCUUGGCCCAGGUGCACCGGGCGAAGCUCCACGACGGCACCCCGGUGGCCGUGAAGGUCCGUGGCUGUGUUGCCCCUCUCCCUUCCCCCCCCAUUACAGUGGUCCCUUGGUUCUCAAACUUAAUCCGUUCCGGAAGUCCGUUGCAAAACCAAAGCGUUCCAAAACCAAGACACGCUUUCCCAUGGAAGGUAAUGCAAAACGGAUUAAUUCGUUCCAGACUUUUAAAAAUAACUCCUAAAACAGCCAUUUAACAUUAACUUUUUUUAAAAGAUACUUAUUAAAAGUUUAAUAGUUACAGAAAAAUAAGAAGAAAACAAUAAAAAAUUCCUAAUACAUCAAAAAUAAAAACAAAAAAAGAACAAUACAACAAAACAACAAGAAAAGCAAAAACAUUCAAAAAAACACAUCCAAUGUCUCUUUAUCUCUACCUUUCAUUUACUUGUAUCAUCGACCUCCUCACACCUCCCUUUUUUGUAUUCUUGUUCAAUUAGCUAUUUCAGCAAAUCCUUUCUAUCUUUCUCAAUAUUUGUUCUAUAAUUUAUCUUAACGCAAUCUGACCUUAAAUUUACACUUUGGCCCAUUAACAAUCUAUUUUUACUUAGUUCCAUUUAACAUGAAUUUUAGUAUCUAACAAGACCAUUGAUCCAUAAAAUGAAAGCAAUAAUCAAUGUACAGUGGUACCUCGGGUUAAUUCGUUCCAGAGGUCCGUUCUUAACCUGAAACUGUUCUUAACGUGAAGCAGCACUUUAGCUAAUGGGGCCUCCUGCUGCUGCUGCACUUAAUCCAUUCUGGAAGUCCGUUUGACUUUCAAAAUGUCAUUAAUUUUGCUAUCUAGCAAGACCAUUGAUCCAUAAAAUGAAAAAAAUGAAAGCAAAUAAAAAUAAAAUGAAAGCAUUAAUCAAUGUGCUGUACUAUAAAGUAAACAAGACAGAAUUGUAGAUGAUAAAAAUCAUCAUCCACACAGUCACAAAAACAAAUUAACCAAAAAAGCCUCAAAAACGCAAAAUAAAUAGCAAAAACAAAAGUGCCAAACUUAAUCCGUUCUGGAAGUCCGUUUGACUUUUGAAAUGUUCAAAAACAGAGACGCAGCUUCUGAUUGGUGCAGGCGCCCCGGAAACAAUAGCCAACACCUGUACUGGACGUUCAGCUUCCAAAACAAAUUUCGAAAACCGGAACACUUACUUCCGGGUUUUUGGCAUUUGAGAACCAAGGUACCACUGUGCUCUCGGAAGGCCUUGCGGAGCAGCUCUGUGUCCUCUGCCGCCCCAGAUUCCCAGUCUCUCCCUUUCCGCCCCUUUGCAGGUCCAGUACAUUGACUUGCGGGACCGGUUUGACGGAGACAUUCGCACGCUGGAGUUCCUGCUGCAGAUCGUGGCGCUGAUGCACCCUAGCUUUGGGUUCAGCUGGGUCUUGAAGGUCCUUUCUGGGCUCUUAGCUGGGGGGUGGGUGGGUGGUUCCCCUACUGUUUCCCCCACUGACCGCCAUGGGGGGCGGGAAUUGGAAGAAGUGGCGGAUGGAAGGAAUGUUCCCUGGAGCAGCAGGGCUUCUGAAGGCCGGUUGCUGGAAGCCACAGGAUUGGGAGAGGGCUCUUGCACCCGAAUCCUGCUUGCAAGCUUCCCCCUGGGGCAUCUGGUUGGUCACUGUGAAGACAGGAUGCCGGUCUUGAUGGGGCCUGAUCCAGCAGGGUUCUUCUUAGGGAGGUCUCUUGAAAUAGCAGAGCCUCCGUGCCCAGGGACACUCUACCUCUGAAUUCUGGAUAAUAGGGAACAACAAUAGGAAAUAGUGUUGUGCUCAGGAUGUGCUUGAGGAUUUCCCACAAGCCUCUGGUCGGCCCCCGUGAGGACAGGACAGGAGUAGAUGUGGCCCCCAUUGGCUUGAUCCAGCCGGCUCCUCCUAUUUUCUUAAGUAGUGACGGCCUCCAACUUGGAUGGCUUUAUUAUUAUUAUUUUAUAUAUCGCCCAAUCAACAUUUGAUGAUCUCCUUCUACCGGUCCACAACAGAAAGUGUCCUUUCCUACUGCAUCAGGGUGUGGGACGCUGGUUUGACAUCAACGGAUAGGAAGUGCCUACAGAGGGUGGUGAAUACAGCACAAGAUAUUAUGGGCUGUCCCGUGAAUCCGCUGGAUGAAAUAGCGGAAGAACAUGAGGAAAAUUAUCAGGGAUGAUGAUUCACACCCUGGCCGGCACUUUCUUGAUCUCCUGCCCUCGGGCAGAAGCUAUAGAAGCACGAUUAGUCGCACCAACAGGGUAAAGAACAGCUUCUAUCCGGGGGCUGUUAGUCUGCUGAAUGAAAAGAUAACAACAGGGCAACUGACUUUCGAGUUUGGUGUGUGUGUGUCAGUAAACGAGGGGAAUUAAGACUUAAGAGAGCUGAGUGGGGGGUGCUCAUGUAAUCUCACUGUAUACAAGUUGUACAAGUGACAAUAAAGUAUUUCAAACUAUAACCGGAGGUCUCAGGGCGGCUCACAGAAAAGAUCACAGCAUAUAUAAUCAGAAUAAAAACAACAACCCAAUAACACGCCCCUCCCAUAACGCUUCCUGGUCCCCCUUCAAAGCUCCCCUUCUCGCCCCCCAGGACCUGAAGGACACGCUGGCCCAGGAGCUGGACUUUGAGAACGAGGCGCGCAAUUCGGAGCGCUGCGCCCAGGAGCUGAAGCACUUUGACUUUGUGGUGGUUCCUCGGGUCUACUGGGAGAGAAGCAGCAAGGUGCGUCUCUGCGCAUGGCGGCAGGAUGUGGCGGCGAGGGAGGUGUCUCUGUGUGUUUGUGUAUAAAAGAGCCAUUGAUUGUAGCGUUCCUAAAGUAAGGAAGGAUUGGAAUCUGAUCAAUAGAAUACACACGAGGCUUGACCAGCAAAACUCUGGGAGGAGGUGCCCAGGUUGUAAUAAUUCCUCUCCACGCCUCGGCCCAGGUCGUUUUAUUCACAAAAGAACUUUUUACACAGUGUUCGUAAGAACCAAUCAGAUUUCCUCUGAGGAUUUCAAAAAAACCCACGUGGGACAAAGUCAGAUCAGAAGAAAUUCUGUUAACUACAAAGAAACUAUUUCCUACUUGAGCAUGCAUAUGUAGUGCAAAGUAAAUAAAAUGGGAAUAAAAGGAGGAAUGCAUUCAGCAAAACCCCAGAGGUCAUAAACAGGAAUAAACAGGAUGGCAGUAUUUGGCAUCUCCUUGUGAACUCUCUUCCUGGCCCUUAAGAUCUAUCUAAAGAUUAAACUACAUCAAAGAACCUACUAUAUGUACUGAGGAUGCCUGAUGAAGCAACUGGCCUGUGUUUCAGAAUGCUGAUACGUGCCUGUCAGGUGCAGAGAAAGCAAAUGGCAGAGGUGGAGAGGCCUGUGGGAUUCGAUCAGAAAUUAUUGUCAAUGAAUCAAACCCAGUCAACGCAAUGCUUUCAUUGCGGACACAAUGGCUUUUUCAUAAUUACUCAUAGCAAUCCCACGUGACCCCCACACUCUGGAUAUUUGCACCCCUCCAAUUGAUGGCUGGAGGUGGGUGGAGCAGAGAAAUGAAUGAGUUUGGGGAAGGAACUUGGCCACUUCCAGCCCAAAGGAGUGAAAUCAUUUGUGGGGGGGGCUGUAUUCUUACUCACCCCCAUGCCAGCUGAAAGAGCAUCUCCGCCAUCCCCAACCUGGUUUUGGUCCAGGGGUUUUGGUUUCCAACUUGCAUCAGCAAUCAGGCAGCCCUGCUGGAGUUGUGGCCUGAGACGCUGGAGGGCCCCAGCUUGGAGAAGCCUGCCCUGUGUGCACACAACCCCCACCUGAGACAAGUACAUUUUCUGCAUUAGUGUGUGUGUGGAGGGGGGGAAUACCAGCUUCGGGUCGUUGUCGCAUUACAUCUUCUCGGGGUUCCAGGUAGUGUCCCCACAAACACCUGAGCAGGACUGCCCAAUAUUUGCGUGUGACUCCUGCAUUACAGCGGGUUGAGCUAGAUGACCUCUGGGGCACCCUUCCAAUUCUCUGAUUGGCAACCCAGUUAGAUGGGCAGCAAAUUAUUAUUAUUAUUAUAUUUUAUUAUUGUAUUAUUUAUUUUCUGUGGAAAUAGAAUUUUUAUUUUUAUUUGUUCUGUAUCUGUGCUGCAUUUCACUUGCAUGAGUUGCAAAGUGGCUUACGUGCAAUAAAUAAUAACACUGGAAGCCAUCACAGUAAAGGUAAAGGGACCCGACCAUUAGGUCCAAUCGUGGCCGACUCUGGGGUUGCGGCGCUCAUCUCGCUUUAUUGGCCGAGGGAGCCGGCGUACAGCUUCCGGGUCAUGUGGCCAGCAGGACUAAGCCGCUUCUGGCGAACCAGAGCAGUGCACGGAAACGGCAUUUACCUUCCCUCCGGAGUGGUACCUAUUUAUCUACUUGCACUUUGACGUGCUUUUGAACUGCUAGGUGGGCAGGAGCAGGGACCGAGCAACGGGAGCUCACCCAUUGCAGGGAUUCGAACCGCUGACCUUCUGAUCGGCAAGUCCUAGGCUCUGUGGUUUAACCCACAGUGCCACCUGCGUCCCUAUAAGCCAUCACAAUUACACCACAAAUCAUAUUUUGGGAGGUGGGGCAAGGCAGGUGGGAAAAGGGUCACCAGCGAGUCCCGUUCCCCUAAUGGCUCUGGGCCUAAAACCCAGAUACGUUUAAAGAAGAUUGGACAACGUUUAUUGACUAUAUGGGAAAUAAUUGUGUACAGCUGAGAACGCUGACAGCAUUAAGAUAAAUUCAGCAGGGCAAAUAAGUUUUGAUGGAUGCAAUAACGGAAUACUGAAUGGUACAGUUUUUGAAAAAUAUGCAGGGAUUUAUGAUACGUAAAAUGAACUGUGGAAAGAGAAGAAGGGAAGUCAUUGAUAUGUUAAGGGUGUAAAAUUAGUAUUUUAAAUUGUGAAACCGAAAAUUUAAUAAUAAUAAUAAUAAUAAUAAUAAUAAUAAUAAUAAUAUCAGAUCUCUCUCCCUCUCGGGGCCUCAGCAGUCCAUGGCUCAUGUUGGAAAGCAAAACAGGACUGUGCGUGCUGCUCUCUGGCUACAUUUGACGUCCUCUUUCCUUUCUCUCUCUGCCCCAAGAGGGUCCUGACAGCUGAUUUCUACGACGGCUGCAAAGUCAACGACAUGGAGGGCAUCAAGAGGCGAGGCCUGCAUGCCAAGGACGUAAGUGGGUGGAGGGGCAGCGUCAGGUGGGCAGGACGGAGGGAAAGGGCGGGCAACAGCAGAGGCUCCGUCCCACACUGGUUUGAACAGCUUGCCUCCUUCAUGCACCACCCCAGAGGCAGCAGCAUCUUCGCUUCACGGCCUCGGAGGGAGUGGUGAGGUGCAUUUGUACGUAUUUCAUGCAGAAAUCGGAAGCGGCCUUCCUGCCGGCUCAGGCUGGACAUCCAUUUAGGCCAGUGUGGGCUCCCCUGAUGGGUAGAAGCCGUGGCGGAUCUUGCAAGCUUCAGGGCAGAUAAGAGAAAUCUCUUCUUCACUCAUCGCUUAGCUCAACUGUGGAACUCCUUCCAAAGGAGGCAGGGAUGGCCACCACCCUGGAUGGCUUUAAAAGAGGGCAGGACAAAUUCAAAGUGGAGGAAAGGGCUAUUGAAGCAUGCUCUGGUUAUCUCCUGCUUGGACUACUGCAAUGUUCUCUACGUGGGGCUACCUUUGAAGGUGACCCGGAAACUACAACUAAUCCAGAAUCCAGCAGCUAGACUGGGGACUGGGAGGGGCCGCGAGACCAUAUAACACCGGUCUUGAAAGACCUACAUUGGCUCUCAGUACGUUUCCGAGCACAAUUCAAAGUGUUGGUGCUGAUCUUUAAAGCCCUAAACAGCCUCAGUCCAGUAUCCCUCAAGGAGCGUCUCCACCUCCAUUGUUCUGCCCGAACAGUGAGGUCCAGCGCCGAGGGUCUUCUGGCAGUUCCCUCACUGCGAGAAGCCAAGUUACAGGGAACCAGGCAGAGGGCCUUCUCGGUAGUGGCACCCGCCCUGUGGAACACCCUCCCACCAGAUGUCAAACAGAACAACAACUACCAGACUUUUAGAAGACAUCUGAAGGCAGCCCUGUUUAGGGAAGCUUUUAAUAUUUAAUGUAUCACAGUAUUUUAAUAUUCUUUUGGAAGCCGCCCAGAGUGGCUGGGGAAGCCCAGCCAGAUGGGCGGGGUACAAAUAAUAAAUUAUUAUUAUUAUUAUUUUUAUUACUGGCCAGGAAGGCUUGGCUCUGCCUCCACAGUUGGUGGCAGCAAUGCUUCUGAAUCCCAGUUGCUGGAAAUCCUGCUCCCUGGUUUCCCAGUUGGCCGCUCUGACAACAGGAUGCUGAACUAGAUGGGCCACUGAUCCUCCAAAUCCUAGAAUUCUGGGCUGUUGUCUCCUCUUGAUGGGCAGCUGCAGCCCUCUGGGUCUUCCCCAACACUGGCUCCUUUCAACUGAAGGCGGCAGGGAUUCCACCUUGGAACAUCUGCAUGCGGACUAAUGGGCCCCGUCCCUGAGUGACGAUUAAUCCCCACCCAUUUAAAUCUCCCUUGCAUUCAAAUCUGUGCUUCCCAGACUUUUGGGGACCACCACCGCCCCCCUUGGUUCCAUAACUCAUCCCCUUUGUUUCCCACGCUACUGGAAGCAUUGUUCGGAAUAGCAGUUUGCACGACCCAGCAAGGAAGAUGAAAGCACAAUAAGGUUCAGAACAGCGAAUUGCACAUUAAAAAUGUUGCAUUCCGAAGGCAAAGGAAAGGAUUGGACCCUGAUUAAAACAAAAAAACACGAGGCUUGGCCAGCAAGACUCUGGGACGAAGUGCCAGCAAUAAUCUGUCACACCCUGGCCAGGUCCCUUUUAUUAACAAAAGAGCACAGCGCUUGUAAGAACCAAUCAGAAGUCCUCGGAGCAUUUAAAAAAAACUACCACAUGGGUACAAAGUUAGAUCAGAGAAAUCCUUUUAACUACAAAGGCUACUCUGAGCAUGCAUACAUGUUUUAGAGUAAAUAAAACGAAUCAAGGAGGAAUGCAUUUAGGAAACCCAGAGGUCAUAAACAGGCAGUAAACAGGAAAGGAAAGAUAGUAUUUACCAUCUCCUUGUGAACUCUCUUCCUGGCCCUUAAGAUCUACCUAAAGAUUCACAAACUACAUCAAAGUUACCUACUGUCUUUAUGACCCAGGAUGCCUGGUGAAGCAACUGGCCCGUGUUUCAGAAUGCUUAUACGUCCCUGUCAGGCAGAGAAAAUGGCCAGAGAUGCAGAGGCCUGUGGGAUUUGAUCAGAAAUUAUUGGCAAUGACUCAAACCCAGUCAACACAAUGCUUUCAUUGCGGAGACAAUGGCUUGCUUCAUUUUUCAUAAUUCCUCAUAGCAAUCCCACCUGACCCCCACACAAAAGCCAGUUAAAACCAUUUAGUUUAGUUAAUUCAACAGAACUGAUGAACUUGAUGCAACACUAGCUCUCCAAAGUCUGAAAGGCUUUUGCGCCUUCAUUGCCCUCCUUGCCUCUUAGCACCCCCAAACAGGUAAUUCCCCCCCCCCCGGUAAGUUGAGGUGGGGGGUGCCUCUUAAUAUUGGGGGUGGGGGUGGAGAAGGGGUUGCCUGUGCUCACACAGAGGCCCGGGCUUCCUCAUCACCCUGCCCUCUUGUGUUGUCUUGCAGGCCGCACAAAAGUUGGUCCAGGCGUUUGCAGAGCAGAUCUUCCUCACUGGAUUCAUCCAUGCCGAUCCCCACCCAGGAAACGGUACAGAGGACCGCGGCCAGGGAAGAGGGCAGGCUUAGUUGGGGUAUGCGGGCUGAAUUGGGGAGCUAAUGUUAAAUAAGUUGGAGUUCUUGUUAUUAAAUAUAUCAAGAACAACCACACCAAGAACUCUGGCCAAUGUGAGUUUCAGUAGUGGGAGUGGUCCCUACUCGCAAAUCAAUAGUCAGUUGCAACAAAAACUAAUCCAUUCAAAAGUAUGUAUUCUGACAAGGAUUAUAAAGUCAAAUAAAGAUUACAAACUCUAACAGGGAUUACAAACUCAAGCUCAUAAGGAUAUGUAUAACACAAUAAUUCGUUACAGAAUUAGAGAUAAGAGUUUAUGAGUAGAGAUAGGUUCUUGUUAGUCCAUAGUCAAGAUUCGACAUGAAGGUCUUAGUUUCAAUCAUUGAGCAGAAACCAGUUAUGGAUCAGAAACCAGGACAGGGCCCUGUUUCGAUGUAUUCACCAUCAUCAGCUGGAAGUAUCAAACAUUACAUGAAAGUACCUUUAAAUUCUAAAUUAGCAUAAAUUAUAAAACAGUCAUAAAUUGCAAAACAGUAUUAUACAACAUUUGGUUCCUUACCUAAUUUUUAAGGGGUCGUGUAAGUUUCAAGAAUUCGUAUAAAUAUAUCCUGUUAUUUUCUACGUUUCUCAGAGAUAACAACUGAAAAUAAUAUUAAUAAUAAUAUGUGUUGAAUCAAAUUAAAAACUCUAAGGCAGCAUAUACUAAUAUGAUUCCUCACCUAAGUGUGGGUAGAUCAAUGUGUAUCUUGAGCUUUUCUGUGCGUUUUCAAUUUAGAAGUGAGCCUUUUAUAUGCGCUUAAAGGGGUAGAUGAGAACUCCUAGAUCUUCUUAAAGGCAGAGAGUUCUAAAGUUCAGAGGACAGCUGCAGUUUAAUUUAAAGGUCUUAAAGAAAUGAUGUGUAAUCCUGAUAGCUAUUCAGACCCAUACGGGUCAUGGUCUUAAGUAAAUGGAUGUACCGGGCUUCCUGUGGCUCUUCCCUUCCUGUCUCCGACUGCUUGUAGUGGCUUGUCGGGCCAAAGGAUGAGAUGAGAUACAUGGACACAGAGUGUGGGGUCAGGGUGAGAUGGGGGUUCUGGUGUGGGCUGCUAGAAGAAGCUGAGGGGGCAUUCUGGGGGGGGGGGGAGGAAAAUCUGGUGCUCUGACCUUGUCUAAGAAGCAUGUGCAGGCUUACCUAUGUCUUGAAGGGCUGGUGGGAAACAACUGGGAAGCUGGCCAGACCUAGUUGCUGGGGGGCCUUUCCGUGCCCCCCUCCCCUGUUUCCUGGAGAACAUGGUCCAUAACCUUCCUUCCCUCCCCCUCCCCGUUUAUGAAGAUUACCCGCUCUGGAAUCCCACAGCUAGUUCUCCCCUGGUCUCCUCGCUGGCCCAAAUAGGAGUAAUUUAGCCAGCUAGCCCUGGUGAUCAUCUAAUGCUUAUCGGAUGGAUUUUCCCCCUAAAUUGAUUUUUUAAUUCUGAAUUUAUUGUUAUUCACGUUUUAUACUGUAUUUUAUGCUGGGUUUUGUUUUGUUUUGUUUGUUUGUUUGGGUUUUUUUUUGCAUCAAUUAAUUUGUCGUUAGCCGCCCUGAGCCUGGUUUUUUGAACCGGGAAGGGCGGGGUACAAAUAAAAAUUUAUUAUUUAUUUAUGUAUGUAUAACUGAGGCGAGAAGCAUCUUCACCACCUGCCUCCCUCCUUCCCCUCGUCUCUCAGUGCUGGUACAGAAGGGACCUGACGGAAAGGUGCAACUCAUCCUCCUUGAUCACGGCUUGUACGAGAUCCUUCACGAGAAGUAAGUCAGCGCGAGGAGCUGAGUAAUUUCAGGGUGGGGUGGUGGUGGGGGUAUCGGGCUGGUGCAAUAGCAUCCCACUUGGAUGUGGUGUGUGUCGUCCCCCCCCCUCUUUUGGGGAUCUAAAUACAUUUUUAUUCCAUUUUACAACGUUUAUAAAAACAGAGAGAGAGGGGUUUAUAACAGCAGGUGGGAGUUAGGUUCUAGUGUUUUGUCAAAACCUCAAAUUGUGUGUGAUUUUCUCCUUUAUCGCUAUACAGUGGUACCUCGGGUUACAGACGCUUCAGGUUACAGACUCCACUAACCCAGAAAUAGUGCUCCAGGUUAAGAACUUUGCUUCAGGAUGAGAACAGAAAUCGUGCUCCGACGGCGCAAUGGCAGCAAGAGGCCCCAUUAGCUAAAGUGGUGCUUCAGGUUAAGAACAGUUUCAGGUUAAGAACAGACCUCCAGAACGAAUUAAGUACUUGACCCGAGGUACCACUAUAUCCCAGAGUGAGCGGUACCAACGUCCAGUAUAAAGACUAGGACUAGCCGCCUGAGAAACAGUUUCUACCCAAAUGUGAUUUUGGUUUUAAACACAUUGUAAGGAGUCUGUAUUGGAGUAUAUUAUAUUUAAAAACAGGGUAUCAGAAUUUUUAGGGGGCUAACCAGGUUGGGAUAGCUGGGAUAGCAGGCUUGUUGGUUUUUGAAUGUCUUAUGUAGAUUUUUCAAUUUCGUUGUUCUGUAUGGGACAAUGGCAAUAAAGAUGUAUCGUAUCGGAUUUUGGGUUGUUUUGCUUUGCCCAUUUGAGCUGCCAAGCUCAUAGACAAGACCAGUUCUUCUGACGAUAUAUCUCCAUUGGUAGCAGGUGUCCCAUCUUGAGCCGGUGCUAGACUGUUUCCCCAAAAGGCCUUUCCGGGGUGUUGGCUCCCUGGCAAGGAAGCUCUCGUGAUUUUUGCUCUCUCUGUCUCUUCCAGCGAACGGGAAGCGCUGUGCAAACUGUGGCACGCGAUCAUUUUGCACGAUGAUGCAGGCAUGCAGAUAUACUCCAAGCAGCUGGGUGUGAAAGGUGAGGGGGCAGCUGGGAGCCACUUUGGGGGGGGGCAGCCUUAAGGGUCUCCCAGUCAGCAGGUAGAAUCCUUCCCCUUUUACACACAUGCACACAUUCUGGCUGAGGGUCGUGCUCCCCGUGGAUUUUGUGUUUCUUUGAAGUGGGAGGUGCUGAUUAUUAUUAUUUCUAGUGGUACCUUGGUUUAAUAACAGCCCUGUUUACGAACUAUUCGUUAUAAGAGCUCCGCAAAACCGUAAGUAGUUUCCCAGUUUGCGAACUUUAGCUCUGUCUGUGAACGGAAUCCGAACGGUGGAAGGGCACCGGCAGCAGGAGGCCUCAUUGGGGAAAGCGCGCCUCAAUUUAAGAACAGCUUUGGUUUAAGAACGGACUUCCGGAAUGGAUUAAGUUCGUAAACCGAGGUACCACUGUACAGUGGUACCUCUUGUUAUGUACUUAAUUCGUUCCGGAGGUCUGUUCUUAACCUGAAACUGUUCUUAACCUGAAGCACCACUUUCGCUAACGGGGCCUCCUGCUGCCGCUGAGCUGCCGGAGCAUGACUUCUGUUCUCAUCCUGAAGCAAAGUUCUUAACCCAAGGUACUGUUUCUGGGUUAGCAGAGUCUGUAACCUGAAGCAUAUGUAACCCGAGGUACCACUGUAUUAUUUUAUUUUUUAUACCCCACCCAUCUGGCUGGGUUUCCCCAGCCACUCUGGGCGGCUAACAGCAUAUAUAAAACAUAAUAAAAUAUCACACAUUAUAAACUUCCCUAAAGAGGGCUGCCUUCAGAUGUCUUCUAAAAGUCUGGAAGUUGUUCUUCUCUUUGACAUCUGGUGGGAGGGUGUUCCACAGGGCGGGCGCCACCACCGAGAAGGCCCUCUGCCUGCUUCCCUGUAACUUGGCUUCUCGCAGUGAGGGAACCGCCAGAAGGCCCUUGGAGCUGGACCUCAGUGUCUGGGCAGAACGAUGGUGGAGACGCUCCUUCAGUUAUUCUGGACCGAGGCCGUUUAGGGCUUUAAAGGUCAGCACCAACACUUUGAAUUGUGCUCGGAAACAUACUGGGAGCCAAUGUACGUCUUUCAAGACCGGUGUUAUGUGGUCUUGGCGGCUGCUCCCACUCCCCAGUCUAGAUGCCGCAUUCUGGAUUAGUUGUAGUUUCCGGGUCACCUUCAAAGGUUGCCCCACAUAGAGCGCAGUGCAGUAGUCCAAGCGGGAGAUAACCAGAGCAUGCACCACUCUGGCGAGACAGUCUGCGGCAGGGAGGGUCUCAUCCUGCGUGCCAGAUGGAGCUGGUCGACACCUCCUCUGCACACAGCUCCCAUGGAGGGUAAGGACAACAGGUUCUUUGUGCAUUUCCUCCCCGUUCCUAGCUAAUUUGGAAAUGAGAAAGCGGAUGUGGGUUUUCCUCCCUCCCUCAUAACAGAACCCCAAAGGGGGUUAACCAGCAAAUCUGAACAUUGGAAGAAUGUGGUCCCUCACCCAGCACAGGGUUACACCAUGGAGUUUGCUCCUAGAAGAAUACACCUUUCUGUGUAUACAGUGGAUGCUCAGGUUGCGAAUGUGAUCCGUGCGGGGUGCAUGUUUGCAACCCGCAGCAUUCGCAACCCACGUCUGCGCAUGCAUAAAGUGUGAUUUAGCGCUUCUGCGCAUGCGCGACUGCCGAAACCCAGAAAUAACCAGUUCCGAUACUUCCGGGUUUCGGCGGUCCACAACCCAAAAGAACGCAACCUGAAGCGGCUGUAACUCGAGGUACGACUGUACUUGGAACGGAACCCCUGAAUAAAAUGUGAAUAAUUGUUUUGGAGAGGCCAGCUUUAGGCUCGCUUCUCUCCUUAACAGUAUUAUGAUCCCUGGGAUGUAGAUGGGCUGGCUUUCCUGAAGGUGCCGGCCUCCGUUCCUGGCGGAGGCGAGAUCUGACUUGAGCCACUUCCCGCUUUCCAGGGGGUUAGACCAGAUGGCCCUUGGGAGCCCCUUUCUGCCUCUACGGUUUUUCCUGCCUUUGCACCUAAGCUCCUCCCCUCCCCCAGCCCAGGAUUACUUCCUGUUCUGCGAGAUGCUGCUGCAGCGGCCAAUCAACAUGGCUCAGCUGGUGCUGUCCAACGUGCUGACUCGCGAGGAGACGGCCUACAUGCAGGACAUGGCCAAGAACCGCUUUGACCGCAUCAUGCAGGUGCUGAAGGAUCUGCCCCGCUCCAUGCUGCUCGUCUUCCGCAACAUCAACACCGUCCGGGGCAUCAACGUGGCCUUGGGGACCCCCGUGGACCGAUACUACAUCAUGGCCCGCAGGUGAGGGGGUGGGACGCCUUGGAGCCAGUGGCUGGAAACCACUAGGAGAGAAUCCUCUUGUGCUCUGAUCCUGCUUGGUUUCCCAGAAUGGCCAUCUAGUUCAGCCACUGUGAGAGCAGGAGGCUGGACUAGAUGCCCCCCCCCCCCGGCCUGAUCCAGCAGCCACCUCUUAUGCCUUUAAUAAUAAUAAAUUUAUAUAUAUCCCACCCUCCCCAGCCGAAGCCGGGCUCAGAGCGGCUAACAGCAAUAGAAGUAACACAGCAUUCUAAAAUCAAUUCAAAAUGAAAUGGCAACCACUGGGCCAGAGUUCUAUGAGGAUGACCAAAGGAGGGGGUCAGGCUGUGCCUUGGCCAAAGGCCUGGUGGAACAGCUCUGUCUUGCAGGCCCUGUGGAAAGAUGUCAAGUCCCGCAGGGCCCUAGUCUCUUGGGACAGAGCGUUCCACCAGAUCGGGGCCACGGCCGAAAAAGCCUUGGCUCUGGUUGAGGCCAGCCUAACCUCCCUGUGGCCCGGUACCUCCAAGAUGUCUUUGUUUGAAGACUGUAAGGUCCUCCGUGGGACAUACCAGGAGAGGCGGUCCCGUAGGUACGAGGGUCCUAGGCCGUACAGGGCUUUGAAGGCUAAAACCAGCACCUUGAACCUGAUCCUGUACUCCACCAGGAGCCAGUGCAGCUGGUAUAGCACCGGGUGAAUGUGAUCCCGCGUCGAGGACCCCGUAAGGAGUCUCGCCGCGGCAUUCUGCACCCGCUGGAGUCUCUGGGUCAGUCUUAAGGCCAGCCCCACGCAGAGCGAGUUACAAUAAUCAAUACAAUAAUUUAUGCCCUGUGUGAUUCUUGCUCCCUGCAACCCCCCCCCCCCCCCGGCAAACACCACCAGGAUUCAGACUCUGGUGUCUGUCUGUCUCUUUUAAAGUGCGGUGAGAUGCUGGAGUCACAUGAUUAGCCAAAGAUCUGGAGGGAUCAACAACAUCAUCUUCGUUCGCUGGAUCCGUGCGGCCUGGAACACCUUCGUGUUUGAGUUUUCGCUCAGGUAAGGUGUGUGUGUGUGUUUGCGUGCCCCCAAAUAUUGAGCUGGGAGCCCUGGCAAACGACGCCUACCUCCAGUCAAUUUAAAUAACCAACCCUGUCCCUUAUGCAAACUGUUGCUCUCCAGCUGUUGGACCAAGACUUACAGCCAGCCCUGCUGCGCUGGCUGGAGAUUAUGGGAGUCACAGUCAAGCAUCAUUUGCUUUCAUGGCGGCUGCUGAAUUUCAAAACUCUGUAGAAAAAGACAGUCACGGAACCGAGAAAUUGCACAAAACGAAUGAAAUACCGUGAAAAUCCCUGAAACGAGAAGUAAUCGAUUAUAUAUGUUAUCUUGUGGAAAUCAACUAAAUAAUAAAAAUCAAAAAGUUUAAGGAAAAAAUUAGAAAAACCUAAAAUUGAACAAAGUCUUAAUGGGAUGCCAGCUACAAAUCUCGUUUCACUGAACUAUUCAGUUUCCUCAGAAUAGUCCUCAAUCCUUUAUUACUGCUCGGUGCUUCACCUAGGUCGAGCUGGGAUUAUAAUACUUCAGAAUUUUUGGGAGUUCUACCCCCCUUUUUUGAAUUUUGGUCAUUUAAGGUUUAUGAUUUUUCUGUUUCCUUCCGAGGAAACUGAAUAGUUCAGUGAAACGAGGUUUGUAUUUUAUUUUCAUAAGAUAAUAUUUCUAGUCGAUUACUUCUCGUUUCAGGGAUUUUCACGGUAUUUCAUUGGUUUUUUGGUAUUUCAAAUCUCUGGCUCAGUUACUGGCUGACAUCUUUUUGUCUCUCUUUCCACCACCACCCUAAAAAAACCAAACCAGGUUCCAGGUCACCGCCAUAAAGUUCACUACCUCUGUCCUGCGCUUCCUGGCUUUUGUUGGCUUCCUGAAGGACAGCAAGAAGCCGGGGGAAAUCUACGAGUUCCUGAAGGCAUAGAGCGGCUGCUGCUACGACCUUCUGCCGCAGGCUGGAUCGCAGCCUCCAGGCCAGAGGAUGGCCGAAGGCCUGUCCAGCUUGAUCUAACACCAGGUGCUUUUCAUGCCUGCAGAGGAGGACAAGGUGCUCUCCCACUUUUCUAUUAAAAAAAUUACCGGUGAGAAAUGCAGGACCUGAUCCAGCCCCUCUGCAGUCACCUGUUAGGCAGAACCAGCGCAAGGGUGGGCCGCAGCCUUCCUGCACCUCAGAUUCUGCUAGCAGCAGGGCUGAAGGGGAGCCAUGUUCCCAACUCCUUGCAGCAAACAGCUUGUGAUAAUAAAUGCCCAGUUUUUAUCCUCU